UUCAUUUUCUUAUGGAACAAAGAUAAAACCUUUACUGAGUUUCCCAUUGGAGAAGUGAAAAUUAUAAAAUAAAAGAAGAAAGAAACAGCAUUUUCGAUUGCUUUCCUUUUCUUCUCUUUAUUAACUUCUUACCUUUCUUUAAUUUUUUUUUUUUUACAAGUACUAUUUUACUUUUCUAAUCAGAAUCUGAGUAUACCAAUGUGGGGUUACCCUUCAUUUCUUAUUAUUUUUAUGAUUUAGAUGUAACUUCCAAUUAGAUUACUUCUUUUUUUACUAUUACUAUUCAUCUUUAAAAUAAAAACAAAACAUAAUAUUGUAACUCCUGCAUGCUCAGCACUAUGUUUUUUGUCACGUAAUGCAGUUUUUUCACGCGACUUUGACAGAGGUUUUAGUUUUUAAUUUCACUUAAUAAAAAAGAACAAUUGAAAAUUCCCCAUUAUUUAUUUUUAAAUAUAUAUAUUUUUUUUUUCUCAUAUAAAUGGGUUUUUUUCAGUGAAUUUCUCUUUUUAACAACUCUGUUUCAUCACUUUCCUUAACAUGGAAAUGUACCUAAACUAAACUAUGUGAGCUGUAAAAACCUGUUGGAAGAAAACUAAAAAAGAAAAACAAAAACUUUUUUUAUUUUCCGGUUUUUCAGAUUCAAUCUCACAAAACCCUUCUCAUCUUUCCACUAUCUGUCUCUAUUUUUAGCUUGCAUUUUCCUUUUUCUUCUCUCUCACUCACUCUCAGAUCAAACACUAGAAAAAAUGGGUAAAGCAAUGAGGUGGCUUAAGGGCUUGUUUGGGAUGAAGAAAGAAAAAGACUACAAACCCAAUUCCAACUCCGGUGACCGGAAAGACAAGACAGUUUUUAGCUCGGGAAAGGAGUACUCCGACGGCUUAUGUCAUAAUCCGGCAACUAUUCCACCUAACUUAUCGUCAGCCGAGGCUUCUUGGCUCAGAUCAUAUUAUAAUGACACAGAGAAGGAACAGAACAAGCACGCAAUAGCCGUGGCGGCGGCAACGGCUGCUGCAGCUGACGCUGCUGUGGCUGCAGCUCAGGCUGCCGUGGCUGUCGUUAGGCUCACUAGCCAUGGCAGAGGUACUAUGUUCCAAGGCAGCCAUGAAAAAUGGGCUGUUGUAAAGAUUCAAACUGUUUUCAGAGGGUACUUGGCUAGAAAAGCUCUGAGAGCUUUGAAAGGACUAGUGAAACUACAGGCACUAGUAAGAGGGUAUUUAGUAAGGAAGCAAGCCACUGCAACUCUCCAUGGUAUGCAAGCUUUAAUAAGAGCUCAAGCCACGGUUCGAUCCCAAAAAACUCGUGGCUUCAUAUUCAACAAUGAAACCAUUAGUAGGUUUGAUAACAGAGCACGAAAAUCCAUGUCCAAUUUGCAGGAGAGAUUUGAUGAUAGUAAAAGUGAUCACAUAGCUCCCAUUCAUAGCCGGAGGCUCUCUGCUUCUUUAGACACAAGUUUCACCACCAUUGAUGAGAGUCCCAAGAUUGUGGAAGUUGAUACAGGAAGGCCUAAAUCCAGGUCUCGUAGAACAAACACCUCAGUCUCCGAUUUCGGAGAUGACCCUUCUUGCCAAGCGCUCUCUUCUCCACUCCCAUGUAGAAUUCCCACUCGAAUUUCAAUACCCGAUUGUCGGAAUUGCCAGGAGUCCGAGUGGGGAUUCACAGGCGACGAAUGCCGGUUCUCCACCGCUCAAUCCACGCCUCGGUUUCUCAACUCAGCAGCAUCUAAUGCUCCAACAACUCCGGCCAAGAGUGUAUGCGCUGAUAACUACUUCAGGGGAUAUGGAAAUUAUCCAAACUACAUGGCUAACACAAAGUCUUUUAAGGCCAAACUGAGGUCCUAUAGUGCCCCGAAACAAAGACCAGAACCAGGGCCGAAGAAGAGGCUUUCCCUUAAUGAAUUGAUGGAGUCAAGGAAUAGCCUAAGUGGGGUUAGAAUGCAAAGGUCAUGUUCUCAAGUUCAAGACGCCAUUAGUUUCAAAAAUACUGUAAUGGGGAAACUUGAUAGGUGCUCAGAUGUUGGGAGAGAGACAGAGAGGACCUAUUUGCAGAGAAGAUAGUGAUUUAGUUGUUUUUGGUUAAUAAAUAUAGAUAAGGAAAUUUAUGGUAACAAAAGAAGCUAGCUUUGCAAGCUUAAAUCCUAUAGUUCAGUUGGUUAAGUGUUUGAAAUCACAAGAAUAUUGAAGAAUGUGUGUAGAUUCAAAGUUAGAUAGUAAUGUAUAAUUAAAUUGUCCUUUGUAUC